AAAAAAAAAAAUCCAAGCCGCUCCUAACAUCUUGCAGCAGACAGAAGUCAAAAAAGACAAAACCCCCAAAAAAAAAAAAAUAGUAAUAUAUUUCAUUAUAUUACAUACUGAUACAGCCUUUGAAUCGUUUCAAUUCUUCAAACAAAUCAAAAAAUCUCAAAGACGCACACACACAGUUUUUUCAAAAUUCGCAAUGGCUUGGUUCAGGAAUCUAACCCAAGUCUCAUCAUCAUCGCUCAAAAAGCAACACCACCACCACAUUAACCCAUUUUCACUACUGUCCCCACUUGCCUCUUCUCUCUCUCACUCUCACUACACCACCGAAGCUCCGCCGACUCAGUACGCGGGGCUGGGCGCCACUCGGCCCGAAGAGAAGCCACGGGUGGUGGUUCUGGGCUCCGGCUGGGCCGGGUGUAGGUUCAUGAAAGGUAUAGACACCAACAUCUACGACGUCGUUUGCGUGUCACCGAGGAACCACAUGGUCUUCACGCCACUCUUGGCCUCCACCUGCGUCGGAACCCUCGAGUUCAGGUCCGUCGCCGAACCCAUUGGUCGGAUCCAACCCGCCAUCUCUCGCGAACCGGGUUCCUACUUCUUCUUAUCCAAUUGUACGGCCAUUGAUGUCGAUAACCAUAUGGUGCACUGCCAGACUGUUACUGAUGGAGUGGACACCUUGGAUCAGUGGAAGUUUAAGAUCUCAUAUGACAAGUUGGUAAUUGCAUUGGGGGCACAGCCUUCAACUUUUGGAAUCCAUGGGGUGGAAGAACAUGCAACUUUUCUUCGGGAAGUUUACCAUGCCCAGGAAAUUCGUAGGAAGCUGCUCCUAAACCUGAUGCUGUCUGACAUGCCUGGCAUUUCAGAAGAAGACAAAAGAAGACUUCUACACUGUGUUGUAGUAGGGGGUGGUCCUACAGGUGUCGAAUUCAGUGGUGAACUUAGUGAUUUUAUCCUGAAAGAUGUCCACCAAAGAUAUUCGCAUGUGAAGGACUAUAUCCGCGUUACUUUGAUUGAGGCAAACGACAUAUUAUCGUCCUUUGAUGAUCGCCUCCGGCAGUAUGCUACCAAGCAGUUAACUAAGUCAGGAGUUCAGCUUGUCCGUGGGAUUGUCAAAGAUGUUAAAGCUCAGAAGUUAAUUCUUAAUGAUGGCACAGAGGUUCCAUAUGGGCUGCUAGUAUGGUCUACGGGUGUUGGUCCCUCUUCACUUGUUAACUCUCUAAAAAUUCCAAAAUCUCCAGGUGGAAGGAUUGGUGUUGAUGAGUGGCUACGCGUUCCGUCCGUGCAGGAUGUGUUCUCAAUUGGUGAUUGCAGUGGAUUUCUUGAAAGUACUGGAAAACCAACCCUUCCUGCUUUGGCCCAGGUUGCAGAGCGGCAAGGGAAGUAUCUAGCAAAUUUAAUAAACAAAAUUGGUAAAGCUGGUGGAGGGCAUGCAAAUAGUUCAAAUGGCAUGGAACUUGGACAGCCGUUUGUUUACAGGCAUCUAGGGAGCAUGGCUACCAUCGGCAGAUACAAGGCUCUUGUGGAUCUUAGGCAGAACAAGGAAUCAAAAGGAUUAGCUCUGGCAGGAUUUACCAGUUGGUUUAUUUGGCGCUCAGCAUAUCUGUCACGUGUUAUUAGCUGGAGGAACAGAUUUUAUGUGGCCAUCAACUGGCUUACAACUAUGGUGUUUGGGCGUGAUAUUAGCAGAAUCUAGAUUUGAAAAAUAAAGGUAUCUGUAUAUUCUAAUUUAAGAGUCUCUGCCUACUUUUGUUCCAAACAGGUUAAAUGACAUUUACAGAACACAUGCUACUGCAUUUAGGCCCAUAUGUUUUGUUACUACUUGCAGUUCAGCACUCCUGGCACAAUUCCUUUGGUGAAUUGUUGAGCAGAGGGCAAUGGACUGGGUUGCCACAACUUCUUGAUGUGAGUCCCAUUGACACUUAUAGGAUGCAUAACUGUAACACUUAUUUGUUUAUGAUGACAUUGGCUGAUGCUUUUAAGAUCCGGAUCACAACUUUGGAGAAAUGAUCAUGAACAUAAAACACAUUCCUCUCA